GUAUGGUGCAGCCCUGAUGGAGCAGUCGGAGCCGUUUGAGAUGAGGGCGCCCCCCAUGGAGGCGCGGCCCCUCGAGCUGGACGCCUUGGGUUUCCUGGAGUCCCUCAGAGAGGAAAACGGCACAGCAGAGCGAUGUUUCCACGCACACUUGCGCAGCAGCGUCCUGCAGGGUCUGCCGUUUGGUGGGGUGCCCACGGUGCUCUUCAUAAACGUGCUGCUUUGGAUGUUCUUGCUGCUCGUCUUUUCGUGUCUGAGGAAGGCUGCGUGGGACUACGGCCGCCUGGCGCUGCUGAUGGAGAACGACAGCCUGACAUCCCUGUUUUAUGGAGAACCAAGUGAAAAAGAGAAGUCUCCUUCAGAAUCCAGCCCCUCGGACUCUGAGACGAAAGAUAUGGGCUUCUGCACUUGGCUUGCAUCUCUUUACCAUAUGAAGGAUGAYGAGAUUCGCAGCAAAUGUGGCAUCGAUGCAGUCACAUACCUGUCCUUUCAGCGCCACAUUAUACUGCUCAUGACCAUGGUGGCCCUGCUGUCUUUGGCUGUAAUCCUCCCGAUCAACUUUUCCGGGACUCUCCAGGGAGACAGUCCUCAAAACUUGGGGAGGACGACGCUGGCUAAUGUUAGUGCAAAGGACAACUUUCUUUGGCUGCACAGCAUUUUCGCUCUGCUUUACUUCAUCAUCACGCUGCUGUGUAUGGCUCACCACUCCAUGCAGCUGGAGGACAGAGGAGAUGAAAAGAUAUCCAGGACGCUGAUGAUCACCUCCAUCCCCAGGGAGAUCUCUGACCCGGGACUCGUCACCAAACACUUCCAUGAGGCUUACCCCAGCUGCACCGUCACCGACAUCCGCUUCUGCUUCGACGUUCACAAGCUGAUGAAGCUGGACCUGGAGCGGCGCAAAGCAAUGAAAGGCAGAUUGUAUUUUGCUACAAAGGCCCAGAAGGAGGGGAAGGUGAUGAUCACCACCCAUCCGUGCUCUCAGAUCUUCUGCUGUGACGUAUGUGGCUUUGAGAAGGUGGAUGCAGAACAGUAUUACAGCGAGCUGGAGGAGAAGCGCACGGACGAGUUCAACGCGGAGAAGAACUACAUCUCCACCAAGAGGCUGGGCAUCGCCUUCGUGACUUUUCGAGACGAGAGGAUGACAGCCGUCAUCGUCAAAGACUACAGUCGCGUGCGCUGCGGUCGCAGACCCCAGCAGUCCAGCGUCACCACCGUCGUGCAGUCGCACAAAUGGGGCAUCAGCUACGCACCUGCUCCCAGUGACAUCAUCUGGGAGAACCUGUCGGUGUGCGGGUCCCGCUGGUGGCUCCGCUGUGUCCUCCUCAACCUCCUCCUCUUCCUGCUGCUCUUCUUCUUCACCACUCCCGCCAUCAUCGUCAACACCAUGGACAAGUUCAAYGUCACGCGGCCCGUGGACAGUUUGAAGAGCCCGGUUGUUACCCAGUUCUUCCCAACUCUCCUGCUGUGGGCGUUUUCRGUUCUGCUUCCUUUCAUAGUUUAUUACUCUGCUUUCUUUGAGUCCCACUGGACCAGAUCUGUUGAGAACCAAGUGACGAUGCACAAGUGCUUCUUUCUGCUGGUGUUCAUGGUCAUCAUCCUGCCUUCGCUUGGUCUGUCAAGCCUUGAUCUUUUCUUCAACUGGCUCUUUGAUGUCAUCUUUAUGGAUGAGAAGGAGAUCAGAUUCCAGUGUGUAUUUCUUCCCGAYAACGGUGCGUUUUUCGUGAACUACGUCAUCACCUCCAGUCUGAUCGGCACAGCCAUGGAGCUGCUUCGGAUCCCGGCGYUGAGCGUGUACGCCCUUCGCCUCUGCUUUGCAAAGUCCCAGGCUGAGCGGAUCCACGUGAAAAGGAGCCAAGCUUACGAGUUCCAGUUUGGCCUGGAGUAUGCCUGGACCAUGUGUAUCUUUGCUGUCAGUAUGACCUACAGCAUCACGUGUCCCAUCAUUACGCCCUUUGGUCUGCUUUACGUGAUCUUGAAGCACAUGGUCGAUCGAUACAACAUCUACUAUGCCUACGUUCCCACCAAACUCAACCAGAAAAUCCAUAGAGCAGCCGUCAGUCAGGUCAUCGUGGCUCCGAUCCUCUGCAUGUUCUGGCUGCUCUUCUUCUCUGUGCUCAGAUUAGGUCCAGUCCACCCCAUCACCCUCUUCACAUUAGUCUCCCUUAUCGCCUGUGUUGCCUGUUACCUUUUCUGCAUGUGCCUUAGGAAGACACCCGAGAGGUCAACAAGCUACCAGAUGUCCGAUCAGCCAACCGCAGGAACCUUCACUGAUGCAGACAGGAGCACGGCGACAUCCACCACCGCCUCCAACCUGUUCGUGGCGUCUGUUUUGCUGGAGCCAGAGCUGGCUUUAACGCCAAUGCCCUCCCCGGCUCACCAUGGGUAUGGCGCCAUGGCGAGCUCCCAGAGUUCAAGUCACGACCCAGUGGCGGGAGCAGAGUCCGAGGAGGAACACACCCAGACUCGUGAGACCGAACUCCAAGACGCCGCAGACCCUUUGGUCUCCAGCCCGCUCAUGGACAGCCCCGUCGGCUACCAGUGACGCCCAAUUCCACCCCCCCUCUAAAACUCAUUUCCACGUGUCCUUUAGCCGCGGAACACAGGUUAUUAAAUCCUGCACUGCUGCGUUUUCACGGCUGAGCUCAGACUUUAAGGUAGCUGUCUGAGUUUGUCUGAAGAGAUGAGGAACCUGACAAGGAAAGAAGUCUGAGAAUACAAAUGCUGGAAACAUAAAAUUCAAGAUAACAUCAUCCAUCUCAACACCAUCCAACUAAUGUACAGAUUCCAGUUCGGUAAACAGAAGCUCCAAGAUUCUGUUUUUAACUGUGGCUUCAUCUGCGAGUUAGAGGGGUGGAAACAGAGACAUGCUGUGCCUCCUAAACAUGAGCGGAGGUGAAAGUUCCCGUCAGAGUGGGUGGUGUGAAGCAGGCUUGCCCCGGCAGACUGACAGAGUGGUCCAGCGAUGGGUGAUAUGUGCUUCCUCCGUGGGGCUGAGGGUGAGGGCAGCGAGUUGUGAAGCCAUCUGCAGCGAGAGCGCAGACAGACGGAGAGCCGAAUGGAACUUGGAGAUGCACUGUCUAAUAUUCUCACCGCCGAGGCAUAAAGCAGCUUUUCUGAGCCAAAAGCUCCUUGUAAUUUCUUUCAAUUUGAGGUUGCUAUUUUUGCUACAGUAAUUCUUGGUGUUGUUGAUGAAGUGUGUUGGCCUGGGGUUAAAUAUUUACUUUGAACUUAAAAAAAACAUCCAAUUGCAUUUUCUAAUUAUUUGAUUUAAUAGCAGUUUUUUUUACGUGCCAAGUCAGAGUUUGGUGGUCUAUACCACUCCUGUAGAAGGGCAAAGUAAACAAAAUAAGAGCACAUUUUUCAUUUUUGUCCAUGCAAUUGCAGUUUUGAAGAAACAUAGCAUAUAAACAUACUGUAAUGGUUCAACUCCACUAAAAGGUCAUGACAUGGUGAAUUUGGUGAAUUUUGUGAACACUAAAAACUGCUGGGUUAAAAACAGUCUAAUUUGUAAUCCAGUGCUGGGUUAAAUCUGAACUGAGCUAACCCUGGGUAGUUUAACUCAAGUUUGGAUUAUCAGUUUGACUUAGUACACCGGGUUAAGUUUUCUACCAAAAAAAAAAGUUUAACGCUACUAAUUUGUUGAAUUAGAGCCACUAAAAAACUUUGAGUUUAAAAAGAACAACCCAAAAUCUGUGUUAUUAGAUAAUUACAGGUUGAGUUGGUGCCAACUAAACGUACAAAAGUAAGGAAAUUUGUGUUUGGUAGAUUGUUUUUUUCAUUGUAGCAAUGCUUUUUAGCAAUACAUCUAUAAUCAGGUACCUUAUGGCAGCACCUGGGGGAACCAGAAGCUCAAAACAAGAGUCUAUAGCCACAGCAAAACAAGCUGUUUGACAUUAGCAGAGAUUUGGCAAAUGUUUCAUGCUCACAACAGACAUACUCUGCUCUAUUGCUCAUCUCACAACUGCAUGUUCCUUACAAUUUUGGCUUCAUUUAAAAGAGAAAUGAACAGGCUCUCCAACGGUAUAAGAUUUAUUGUCAAGAAGCGUUGUUACAACAAAAAUAUAAUCUAACAAACACAAAUUUUCUUACUUUUUGUGCUAAGUUUGUUGGUGCAAACUCAUUGUCUAUAGUGCAAAUUAAGGUAAAGAAAAGCCAACCAAAUGAAACAUCUCCUUAAAAGAUUUUUUAUUAACUGUUUUACCUUUUAUUAUUUACAUCYUAAAGUAAAAGUUCAAACAGGUUCACGACUCAAACCUUUGCUUUAAUCCAGCAAUCGAGUUCAUAAAACCCAGCAGUUUUUAAUGUGUGCAGUCUUGUUGUCGGAUAAAUGGACAAUCAAAAAAAAAAGAAGUUUUUCACUGAGUGUUUAUAGGCUUUAAAGUUAUUCUGGGGACUUUUUUUUAUCAUGCUCGCUGAUUGUUGUCGACGUUCAUGCUGUGCCUUGAAGGAAUAUUCCUCGUUUCUGAAUGACAAUCCAGCACGGCCUGAAAUAUGCUGCAGAUGAAAGCUACAAAUACAAAAUUCAUCAGAAAAAAAGUAUUGAUUCCGGGCUUCUUUGGUUUAAUAUAGACACGAGCAGAAACCACCUUCUUCUAGUCUUAUACAAACAGAACAAUCCUCAUGAAAGAAAAUACAAAUAACUACAUUUAUUUGGAGAUUAUCACCAAAAUAAUUUGCUUCUUGUAAGUGUAGACCUGUAUUUAUUUUGUCAUCUGACUGAGUGUGAAUCAUUUUGUAGAAAUUUAAGUUGAAACUCUUGUAAAAUGACAUCAAAUUAUUCCAUAUUUUGCUUCAAUUCAAGCCAAACUUUGUGGCUUCACUGACAAAAGCUGUUGGGACCAAGAAGUGAGUCAUCAGCCUCUCCUGUGGGUUUGUUUACUAAAAGAUUGCUUCAUUUUUCUUGGAAAAUUUCAAUUAAAAAGAAUUGGGAUAUACGUAGUUCUAUAAUGACCGUGCACAGAUUGUUCCUUUUUUUUUGCGGAAAUGGUUUUCUUGUAACCAGAAAUGUUUCUGUACAGUAUGUCUGUUUGAGGUCUAUCGGUUUUUCCCAUUUUCCCCUCUCUUUAACACCAUAAACAUGUUAUUUAGA